CUAUUCUACGCAUUGUUUUCUUCACUUUUCUUCGCUUUCUGGCUUCGGCUACCCUAUAGCCUCACCCAGCUCUCCGUUUCUCUUUAUUGGUCUCGUCUCGGAUAAGAUCUUACUCGGUGAAUAACUCAGUGAAUGGCCAGGCGGGCAACCCUUGCGGAGUCGACCCCUUAUACUAUACAUUACUGUGUACAUAAUUUCCUGUUAAGCCUGCUUCUCUCUUCUAUACCCCCAUGUCGGUCCUGCGCCACGUCCUGCGGCCUCUCAGGAUCUCAGCUCAUCGUUUCAGAGGUUUUGCCAGCGUUUACCAACCCGAUUCACUCUUUUCACCUCUCGACGAGUUCCCGCGAAGACACAUUGGGCCGGAUGAUAAGGAAUCGUUUUAUAUGCUCGACAGGUUGGGCUACAAGUCCAUGAACGCAUUCAUUGAGGAUACAAUUCCAUCCAAGAUUCGCAUACCAACUUCGGCAAUUGACAAUGUAUCUAUCCCUGCACUCAGCGAAUCGGAACUGCACGCACGAGCCAAAGCUUUGGGGGCGGCGAACAAGUCCUUCAAGAGCUAUAUUGGAACGGGUUAUCAUUGUGCUGUAGUUCCGCCCGUAAUCUUACGCAACAUCACUGAAAACCCUGCAUGGUACACCCCUUACACCCCCUAUCAGCCUGAAGUCGCACAAGGUCGUUUGGAGUCUCUGGUCAACUUUCAAACUAUGGUCAUGUCCUUGACGUCGAUGGACAUCGCUAAUGCUUCUCUACUCGACGAAGCUACUGCUGCCGCAGAGGGCAUGGUCAUGGCUUUCAUGCAAUCCGGUCAAAAGAAAAAACAGUUUCUCGUAGAUUCUGGCGUCCUUCCGCAGACAAUCGCUGUCCUCCGCACGAGAGCGAAGGGUUUCGGAAUCAAUUUGGUUAUCGCGGACGUUAAUGUCGCCCUACAGGAUGAAUCAGUGAAAUCCCAGAUCUGCGGUGUGCUUGUACAGUACCCGGACGUGAACGGUCACAUCUCGGACUAUACCAGCCUUGCAGACACCGUUCACGCAGCGGGUGGAUUGGUCGUUUGUGCGACGGAUCUUCUUGCUUUAACGAUGCUCAAACCCCCCGGUGAAUGGGGUGCCGAUAUUGUCCUUGGGAAUUCUGCCCGAUUUGGCGUUCCUGCCGGUUACGGAGGUCCUCACGGAGCGUUUUUUGCUGUGAGGGAAGCUUUGAAGAGGAAAAUGCCCGGUCGCUUGGUUGGACGCAGUCGUGAUGCAACCGGAAAGCUUGCGUACAGACUCGCUUUACAAACUCGUGAACAACAUAUUCGACGGGAAAAGGCCACCAGCAAUAUCUGCACUAGCCAAGCUCUCCUUGCCAACAUGGCUGCCAUGUAUGCCGUCUACCACGGACCAGAAGGCUUGAAGCGAAUUGCGAACAAAGUCCACGGUUUCACGCAGGUGUUCAGAACCGCCGUAGAGAAUAUGGGUUAUCAUGCUACCAACUCCACUUUCUUCGACACCAUCACCUUGGACGUCUCCUCCGCGACUAAGAAUGCCGACGCUGUUCACGCUCUAUCUAUCUCGGAAGGCAUCAAUCUCCGGAAAAUUGAUGAAAAACACGUUGGAGUAACCUUUGACGAAAGUGUUACUCCAGGAGAAUUAGUUCAGCUUAUCAAUGUUUUUGCUUCUGCAGCGUCUACUUCCCCUGUUGCUCUUUCGGAUCUCAAGGAGCCUGAAACCAUUUCGAUUCCCCCUUACCUUCAACGUACCUCCCAGUACCUGCCUCACCCUGUGUUUAACAAGCAUCACUCUGAGACCGAAAUGAUGCGUUAUAUCCACCACUUAGCCUCCAAAGACAUCGGUCUUGUUCAUUCAAUGAUCCCUUUGGGGAGCUGUACAAUGAAGCUCAACAGCACGAGCAGUAUGAUCCCUUUGACAUGGCCUGAAUUCAGCUCCGUCCAUCCAUUCGCCCCGUAUGAGCAAGUGAAGGGUUACCAUGUUGUCAUCCAAGAGUUGGAAGACGACCUUGCGAAAAUCACUGGCUUCCAUGCUACUUCUUUGCAACCGAACUCGGGCGCAGCGGGAGAAUAUGCAGGUCUUUCAGUGAUUAGAGCUUACCACGAGUCGAGGGGAGAGAGACAUAGGGACGUUUGCUUGAUUCCGUUGAGUGCCCAUGGAACAAAUCCCGCCUCUGCGGUCAUGGCUGGAUUGAAAGUCGUAUCCGUCAAGGUCUUGGCAGAUGGUAAUCUUGAUCUCGUCGAUUUGAAGACCAAGGCCGAGAAGCACAAGGACAGUCUUGCCGCAUUUAUGAUCACGUAUCCCUCUACAUUCGGUGUAUUCGAAGACGGCGUUCAAGAUGCCUGCAAAAUCAUUCACGAAAAUGGUGGGCAAGUUUAUCUGGACGGCGCUAAUCUCAAUGCUCAAGUUGGCCUCACAAAUCCUGCUGUCUGUGGAGGGGAUGUCUGCCACAUGAACUUGCAUAAAACCUUUGCAAUCCCUCAUGGAGGAGGAGGACCUGGUGUUGGGCCCAUCUGCGUCGCUGAGCAUCUCGCCCCAUUCCUCCCAUCCCAUCCUAUCAUGCCUGAAUCAAACGAAAAAGCUAUCGAAGCCGUCUCUGCAGGGCCGUUUGGAUCCUCUUCAAUCCACCUCAUCUCGUGGGCGUACAUCAAAAUGUUAGGCGGGCAAGGUCUCAUCGAUUCCACUAAGAUUGCCCUGUUGAACGCGAACUAUAUGGCCGGAAGACUCGCAGGACAUUACAGUUUGAAGUACAAGAACGCCAAUGGUCGCGUGGCGCACGAAUUGUUGAUUGACUUGGCUGAGUUUGACAAGGCUGCUGGGCUGAAGGUCACCGACUUUGCGAAGAGGUUGCAAGAUUAUGGCUUUCAUCCCCCGACAUGUUCUUGGCCAAUAUCUACGUGUAUACUCAUUGAACCAACGGAGUCAGAGACAUUGGAAGAGAUCGAUAGAUUCUGUGACGCGAUGAUCCAAAUAAGAAAAGAAGUUGAAGAUAUUAUCACUGGACAGCAGCCGAAAGACAAUAACCUCUUGAAGAACGCACCUCAUCCGGCUUCUGUCAUCACUGUGUCGGAUUCAGAAUGGGACCGCCCUUACUCUCGCCAUACCGCUGCAUAUCCCCUACCUUAUCUCGAAGAGAAGAAAUUUUGGCCUACUGUUUCCCGAAUUGACGAUGCUUAUGGAGACCUCAACCUCAUUUGCGACUGCCCCUCCGUAGAAGAACUGGCCUCGUGAACGCCAUGAAUCUACGACUUUCUAUUUCACCUACGUGGUUUCGAUACUAAUGUGCGGAGCGUGCUCACAUCCUAAAAAUAGCUUAGUUUUUUUUUGCAACUUGUAUUCUUAUUACUAUCCAUAGACUUUUAGGUAAGUUAGACAAUGACAUCAAUACAAAGUAGACUACCCAGAAGAGCUACAAAGACUUCGCUUUUUCCAUCUCUAACGACUGGUACAGCUCCGGCUGAUACUGCUGUAUUCUGUUCAUGAUCUCCUCAUCCAAACCGGGUUUAUUUGCAAAGGAUCGGACGAUCCUCACGGUUUCCGCAGUGGGAAGAAUGUCCCCCGUCAUAUCCAGGCAAAGAACUUUGACGGCAGCACUCAACCUCUCCAUGCGACAGAGGCAUUCGAUGUAAGUGUUCCAGUUAUGGAGGUUCAACUCGAAAUUCUCUCGUCUUAGUCGGGUCAUUAUUUGCUCGAGAAGGUGUGUCGCCUUUGCGUAGCCGCAAGCAUCAAAUAUAAUACUCACGCUGACGUGGUCGAACCUUUUGGAGAUGAACAUCUGGUCCCAGACUCUGUAUGCAUCCCCAAAGCAGUUGAGUCUUUGGUACGUAUCCAUCAUCUGGUUCCAUAGGUAUGGUUCGGGGCUAAUCGUGGCAUCUAACGUGAUGAGAUCGUGUAUGCGACGAGUAGCAGCAAUGAGUCGAGGCGUAAGGGAGAUGUACUCGGGGUCCUGUUUCGUUCGCGUUCCCAACUUCCCCAUGUGCCUCAAAAGGAUGGUAUAAAUUUGGGGAGUAACCUCGUAGCCAGCCUGUCGCAUGUCUUUGACGAUGUUGAAAUAGCGAGAAAGGGAUGGAAUUCUAACUCCACCCUGGACAGAUAGUCGACAAAAUGCAUCGAGAACCCGUUCAUAUCCUGUUUGGUCCAGAGUAUUACGCCGCCUCUGAUACUCUCUAAAAGCUUCUUCCUCUCCGCCUGCUAAGCGUAUACGCAUAACAGCUAUGGAUGCGUUCAUGCUAUAUACCUCCAUACCUCGGAUCUUAAUAUCUUCCAAUAAAC